CCACAAUUACGUCUCUCCCUUGAAUCUUGUUGCCCACCACUCUGUUCCGCCGACGAUACUGAAGCCGCUCUCCCGUAGACUUUUACUAAUCGAACAGCGAGCGUCCCUUGCCGAAGUUCACAUCACAUCGCGUCCUCGCAUUUCACGUGCAUCUGGCCCGGCAUGCGCCACAGCUCAUGGUGACCGGCUUCCACUUGCUCGUCCUCCGUCAUGGAGCAAGAUGAGGCACAGGACAUGGUCAUGUCUGACGCCGACGUGAUCUGCUCGACGGAGAAUCACUCCUCCCUUUUGACGCAUAGCGCAGGCGAGAACGUGACCGGCAAGCAAGCACUCGGGACGUUCGACGGCACGGGACAACUGCCACGGCCGCACUACCUGGAAAGUACUGGCAAAGGCAAAGGCAAAGGCAAUUCGCAUCAGUCUGACGCUCGGGAUCAUCUGUUGGUCGCUCGCAAGGAUGCACCGAAACCUGCCAAGUACGCCAACUUGCCCUAUAGUACUCUCCAGACCGGGCUGGUCUACGAUGUCCGCAUGCGCUUCCAUGUCGAGGCCGAGCCACCAGAAGACGACUUGCAUCCCGAGGAUCCGCGACGUAUACAUGCCAUUUUUGAAGCAUUCGUCAACGCUGGAUUGGCGUGGAGAGAGGGCGAAUCGGGUCCCGUGAACGACCACUAUAUGGGACGUAUAGAUGCCCGAAUGGUCACACGCGAUGAAGUCUGCCUCGUUCACACCCUUAACCACUGGCAUUGGGUCCAGUCUCUCAGCGUCUUGAGCACCGAAGAACUUGGAAAUGAGUUGCAACAUCCACCGCAUGGGAAUGACUCGAUAUACCUAUCCAACAGCACGCCGUACUGCGCAGCCCUGUCUGCGGGCGGUGCAAUCGAGGCUUGCCGUGCCAUCAUUCUAGGUAAAGUCAAGAAUGUGUUUGCUGUAAUUCGACCACCUGGCCAUCACGCGGAGCGCGAGGACGCUAAGGGUUUCUGCUUCUAUGACAAUGUGAGCAUUGCUACGAAAGCAUGCCAACGUGAAUUUAAAGAUUCAUGCCGUAAAGUUUUCAUCCUCGACUGGGACGUGCACCACGGGAAUGGUAUACAGCAGGCCAACUACGACGACCCUAACGUGCUCUAUGUGUCGUUGCACGUUCAUAAGAGAGGCAACUUCUACCCAGAGCACUCAUACCGGGACAACAGAGUAUCAUAUGGCGACCACCUGCAUUGCGGCGAGGGCGCUGGACUCGGCAAGAAUGUCAACAUUCCGUGGACGAAGCAAGGCAUGGGUGAUGCCGAUUACCUCUAUGCUUUCCAGCAGGUAGUGAUGCCCAUCGCUACCGAGUUCGACCCGGACUUGGUGAUUAUUGCAGCAGGAUUUGAUGCUGCUGAAGGUGAUAUGCUAGGUGGCUGCAAAGUGACCCCUGCCGGAUACGCUCACAUGACACACAUGCUCAUGUCCCUCGCGGACGGCAAGAUGGCCGUGUGUCUAGAAGGAGGCUACAAUCUGGAAUCCAUUGCCAGGUCUGCUACCGCUGUGGCACGGACGUUGAUGGGAGAGCCUCCUGAUAGACUCACGCAAACUGUUGCUAGCGUUUCUGGUAUUGACGAUGUGAAGCUUGUUGCACGACAACAAAGCAAGUUCUGGACCUCUCUGUAUCCCAAGGACAUUUCCGAGAGGCUCAAUGGCCCUCUCCAUGGCGAGCGCAUGCACAAUAUUGUUCGAGGAUGGCAGGCUAAGACGCUAUGGGAAGAAUAUCGCAUGACUCCAUUGUUCGUGCACCGAGAGCAACUAGCCAAGGAAUUUGAGGACCAAGUCCUUGCAACACCAAAUUAUGGUACAGCACGAGCGCUGCUCAUCGUGCUGCACGACCCGCCCGAAGUCCUUUCCUCGCCUGAUCCACGGACAGGCAAGAUCGAGCUCCAUAACACCUGGCUGACUGAUAUUGUGAAGACUUAUGUUGACGAAGCCUGCAAGGCCGGAUUUGGUGUCAUCGACGUUAACCUGCCGAGGUACAUUACUGAUUUCGAAUCAGAUACGCAGGAGCAUCAGUCCAACGACGAUGUUGAUUUCCGGAUCAAGGAAGCCAAGCAGCUCCUGAAAUAUCUCUGGGACAACUAUGUCACCCUGAAUGAAAGUACACAUGUCUACCUGAUGGGAACUAAUACUGGCCAUGGCGCAAUUAUUGGCUUCCUGAAGGAUAGCCAGGAGACUGUUCUCCGAGAGUACAACGACCGAGAGGAGCACCACAAGACUCUCAAGGCGAUCACAUUCGUCGAGGACGUGUCGCUGAUGUCCUGUAAGUCACUCGUGGGCGGCGACGAUGACCUUCCGAAUUGGUACUACCGCAACUCGCUCGUGCUCGUGGCGCAUGAGCAUGCGUACUUUGCAAGCGACUUUGCACGUAAGCCGAAGAGGAGAUUCGGCCGUGUCAUCAGGAGUGAAAAGAACACCAUCACAGACAUGCUGCUGGAGCACAAGGGAGACGUGUUUGAAGUUCUGUUGGAGGAUGCCGACGCCUGGAGAGAGGACAAACCCAAACAUGGGGAUGACGAGGUGGCACCACUCGCACCACUGCCGCCGCCAGCCAAAACUGCGACUGCUCUGGCUUUGCCAUCAGUGACAGAUGCCAAUGGCGCGGCGACAGUGAAUGGCAACAGGGGUCCGCAAUGAUUGCCGCAGUAGAACGCGAGCGGUAUUCCCCGUGAGCCGAACGAGAUACUUCAGGAUAGAGAUAGCCUAGAGCGAAGAGCUCGAGUGGAACGAAGAGCAAAAUGAUGGGCAGGAGGAACCCCAGCAUGAGCGUGACUGGACGGAGGGUUGAGCCUGGGCCUGAACGCUACUCGACUGGAGACGGGCACACCACUGGCUCCUUUUCAAGACUCGCCGUAGGUACAACACAGCAACCUCUGUGAACCGCCAAGCGGGGUGCUUUUACUUUCUGCGAAGCUGGGAUCAUUGUGGUAAAUGUGCCCUGAGUGCAUAGCAUUAUGCGCCGCAACGUGCACAACAUGAGAAAGGCCAUGAAUUUGGUCGUGAUCACGAAGCACAAUCGCGAAGCCCACGUGAGCAAUGCUAUCUCCAUCGAUUACCCUGCAAAAGAAAAAAAAGUCCAUUCAUGCCCUUCGUUCCGCAAUGGCCCACCAAUUGUCCUUCUCAUACCCAGCCUCUAGCACAUGUCCGCCGGCGGCACUCAGAUCCGCUUCCAAUUCUCCCCGUCUAUACAAAUGAUAAUACCGCUGAAACGUCCGAUCCGCCUCCCCUUUUGUCUUCUUCACCCACGGCACCAUGACAUCCUGGUCCAUACCCUCAUGCCACCCCCGUCGACUCCCCUCUUGCUCCAAUGCCCAGCAAUAAAUUAAUGCUUUUCCCCCGCUCGGCUUGAGCGUGUCGAGAAUGGCGCGGAGGGCUUCGAUGCGCCUUGCCGAUGUCGAGAGGUGAUGCACUACGGCGAUACUGAUGGCGAAAUCAAAGGUUUGCGAGGGGUGGGGGAGGUCGAGGAUGUCUGCUAUGCAGACUGAAUGCGGUUGGUGGUGGCGAGAGGAGGAGGUGGUGGAGGAGGAGGCUAU